AUGUUUCAGACUCACCGCUCGGUUGUGCUCUAUGUUCCCAAUGAACAUUGCAACUACGGUAUUGAAAUGACCGUAGUUGAUUCUCGCAAUCGACGUAGUACCACUACAAAAGCCCAAGUGAUUCGAUUUGAAGAGAAGUAUCAGAUGUUGUUGUCUGCUGAUGGAUGGAACACUGGCGUGAUUGUUCUGUCAUUGAUAGUUCUGGCAUCAUUCGUUACCGUAUCUGGUGGGCUGGUAGUCUGCCGGAUCAGGGAUCGCCGUGAGUGGAACACGAUCAAGCGAAGUAUCAGCCCUCCGUCGCCUGCUCUUACAAUCACACGAACCACCUCGACCUCUGUGGUUGGCGUUGCGAAUAAAUACGUACUGAAAGAACGAUGCCCGAUGCGAACACUGAACAUGGUUCGACUUUCGUUCAGCGACGACAGUGAGACACCGGUGAAUUCAACUCCCAUUGUCAAAACAAACUCUACAACGGAGACGUCAGAUGGCGAUGACUGCUUCAAAGCACUUCCUAUUACUCCAACGACAGACGAUACCGACCAUGUCAAGCAGGAACGUGCUCCGGGGGGAUGCUUGGCCGCCUCCAUAAUCACCUCGUUGUCCAGCACCAAGUCGAAUACGUUGGCGUACGUAGUUCUACAAAUUUCUUAG